GUGUCCUUUUUGUGUGGUUUAGGGAUGCAAAGUGUGUCUGUUGCCCCAGGGUUGUUAAUCAUUACACACACACACACACACACACACACACACACACGCACACGGACAGCCCUAUUUCUCCUUGGGCCACAAAGGCAGACGUGUGUCUAUAAAGGCUGCAUACAAUCUCAGCACAGGUUAAGUGAGCACAGCGCAGCCUCCUUCACCCACACUUGUCGGACUAGCAGACCUUCCGACACACACACUCUUUCUCUUGGGAUAUGAACACCUUCAUCCUCGCCUGCCACCUCUGCCUCGUACUUUUCAGUGUUCUGGCCGCUCAGGGAUCUGAGGCAUCGUCGUCUGGUGAGCUUGGCAGUGUGACUGUAGGCUUGGCCUCAGGGGAGGGCCUCCGGGUUCUCCAAGGCGAUGUUGAGGGGGACGUGGACUUUGAGGAGCUAGCAAGUGAGUUCCUGAGAGAUGACAGGAAGAAGAAGAAAGGCAAAGGCAAGAAGAAGAACAAGCAGAAGAGCAAGAGCACCACGGCGUUCAACCCCGAGCAUCAUUUUUCCACUCAAGGCCACACCUCCGCCGUGGAGCCCACCGAGGACCCCUGCACCUCCACUCACCUGGACUACUGCAUCCACGGCUAUUGCCAGCGCAUGGAGGGCCUGCAAGAGCCUGUCUGCAUCUGCAUGAAGGACUACCACGGCGAGCGCUGCGGCAUCCAAGUAUUGGGGAAGACCGGGCCCCAGUCCGAGCGCACCGUCGACAUCGAGUGGGUCCAGAUGGCCUUGGUCAUUACUGCCAUCAUUUUGUCCAUAAUCAGCUGCACUGCCGUCAUCCUCAUGGCCUGCGCACAUUACAGGUCGCAUAAAAACGUCCUGGCGUCCUACCUGGGCAGCUGGUCGGAGCAGCAGAAGCUGCAGAAACCCAUCAGUGAUGUUGUGGUGUGAGAGAGAGAGAGAGAAAGAGUGUUGGGAAAAGCCACCAUCACUUUCCUCACAGACGACUCGAAGCUGAAGACUCACAUAUGCUUCAUUAGAUGCAAUGUAAACGGUCCAUAAUUUCUUGGCAUUUAAUUUAUUUAGUGUCAUUAUUUAUCUGUAUGAGUGUGCGUAUGUUGAAUUAAUAUUAUUAUUAUUAUUACACAAAUGUCUGUAGGUGGGAAUGUUGCACAUUCACUUGACAGACAGCAUUGUUUCUAUUUAUUGCACUGCUUUUGUGAUAGGUCAGAGAAACUGUCGUCAUCUCGCCUCUGGGAGAAAAAAAAUAAGAUGACAUUUAAACAACAAUAAAGUCUCUCAGUUUUA